AUGAAGUCGCCGUUCCGGUGGCUGAGCGAGCCUAUGGAUAGAGUGCUAUUUGCAAUCGCGGUCUUGGCCUUUGUGACCGUCAACGUGGUCACGCUCUCGUUCUCGCUCCAGCGCAUGGUCGACGCACGAGAGUCGCCUGCCACAGCUGCCACGGUUCGGCGACGGACCACGGCACCGCUGCUCGAUCUGCUGAUCUGCUCGCCCGAUGUCCUCUCGCCCAUGCUCAUUUCCUCGCUCCUCUGUGAAACAUUCACCACACGCGUCGUCGAGGCCGCCAACGCAGGCACGCCGCCGGAGCAGCCGUUUACCCUCGCAGGCUUCUCUUGCGCGCUCAUCGAGCCGCCAGGCGUCCUAGUCGACGACGAUACUCUGUAUGCGUUCUCGAUCAUGGGUCAAACGGUGACAUGUGCCGCCAAUGCGACGUUCUGCGGCGUGACCGAGGUGUACGGCCUCUUUACCCUCCGCGGCCGCUCCUCGGAGCUCGCCAACAUCCGGCCGUCGCUCAACUCGAUCGCCGCCAUCCAAUCGGUGGCUAUUCCGUCAACUGGUAUGGCUUUUCUUUCGCUAGGCAUCCGCACUCAUCGCGACCUCAAAGGCCGCGAGACAACCACAUUUCCUCUCACCGCGCGAACGGUGCGGCCGUUUGGCGUUGACCGCAAUCCCCAAAAGGCCAUCUACGGUCUCCGCGGCGUCUCGUUUGCCAUCGAGCUCAACGCCUUUUCAUUUGACCUUGAGGAAUCGCUCAUCACCGAAGUAGUCACCUACGGCGCGCUCGAUGUCUUUGCCACCGUCGCCGCCAUUUUCUCUCUCACCCUCUCGUCGCUCGUCUGUCUCUUUCCCCACAACCCGACGCUCCCGAUUCACUUUCGGUUCGGCCAGCACGGCAAGAAGCGCAACCUCGAGCUCGUCGUUUCGGACAAGCCGAAAGAGCUUGCAGGUGAAUGUGGCGGCGGCGACGUCGCGCUUGCUGCGCUCUAG